UCUCCUCUCUCUUUCCUUCUCUCCUCUCCUCUCAUCCCCUCCCUCCUCUGUCUCUCUCUGUACCCCACAGGACGCUGGUACCUGCGUGAGGGCUGGCUGCGUACCGUCCCCCCUAAAGGAGCAGAGGUCAAACCCAAGAUGUUCUUCCUGUUUAGUGAUGUCCUUCUCCAAGCCAAGCCCUGCCACCCUCUCCAUCCCACCAACGGAGAUAAGUUUGCUGGCCAGAGAGUCUACCCACUGAAGGACUGUACUGUGGACAAGGUGUUUGGGCACACCCAGAGCCAGGGCGGCCUUCUCAGUUUGACCUUCCCUAAAGCCAAGCUGCUGCUGAUGUCCAGCGACCAGGAAGAUAUCAACGACUGGUAUUACAGCCUGAGCUCUGCUGUAGGUCAGUUAAAGUCCAGGAACACAGUGGUCCAUCAGAGAGAUGAUCUGGUCAGGAGACCUCUACGCUGCUUUGUAGAGGACCAGAAGAACCAAACUACCCCCUCCACACCACCCACCACCCCAGGGAGGAAGAGGAUGGCCCCUCCUCCACCCCAGACCCCCUCCAGACCUACAGCUCCAGCAGAAGCAGAGGGCAGCGCCUCCAAGAGGAUGAAGCUGACUGGGGGCCAGCUGAGAGUGAACCGGCCAGGUCAAGCUGUGUGA